CCAUUUAGAUUGCAAUAUCUCCAAAUGUUUGGGAGAUGACACUAAUGGCUUCCCCUCAUCAUUCCGUCUGCAAUGUGUUCGUCUAUGGCAGCCUAUUAGCUGACGACAUCGUUCGUGCUCUCCUCAAACGCGUUCCUCCAUCUAAUCCCGCUAUCCUCCACAACUAUCAUAGGUUUAGCAUCAAAGGGCGUGUUUAUCCUGCUAUUCUACCAGUUGAAAACGAAAGAGUUAAUGGGAAGGUUCUUUUUAACAUCACUGUUCCUGAAUUGAAUAUCCUGGAUGCAUUUGAGGAUGACGAGUAUGAAAGGACGACUGUUGAUGUUUCCUUGAUGGAUAGUUCCAAGACAUUACAGGUUGAAACAUAUGUUUGGGUUAACAAGAGGGAUCCAGAUUUAUUUGGGGAAUGGGACUUUGAGGAAUGGAAAGUUUUGCACAAGGGAGACUUCUUGAAAAUGACAAUGGGGUUCAGUGAAGAAAUGGAGCUACCUGAAUCGAAAACCAGAGUAGCAACAUAUGAAUCCUUCUAUGCACAGGAAGAGAAAAAGUCCAAGCCUUGAUGUGUAGUUGUGUUGAUUAGUCUGCCAAUAAAACAACAAAGGCUAAGCCUCCCUAUUCCUCCAUUCCCUAUCCACCAAAAGAUACUAAAUAAAUUAGCUAUGUUGUUCGGACUCUUCACCACACUCGUGUCGGAUUGUUAAAGAAUACAUUAUUUUUGGAAAAUCCAACAUGCACGCAUUGACAUUUUUGAAGAGUCUGAGCAAUUGAGCUAACAUGGAUGUACAGUUUGCACUGCAGAAUGUUGCUAUGUUGCAGCAAUGGGUUUUUUACCCUUUGGUUGCAAGGAGUGUAUUUUUCUUGAUUCUUUUUUCUUAAAUUUCAUUUGUGAUUGGGUGACUAUUAAUAGUGUAUUUCUCGAAUGUAGAAUGAUAUGGACCUCUUUAUGAUAUAUUUGAUUGAUAAGAACAUCGGACAACACUUGAAGAUACUAGUGUUUUUUUAAGUAGGCAUUGGAAAAUUUUUAUACAUUUUUCACUUUAUUUCGAAUUUAUGAAGAUGGAGUUGUGUUU